CGGGGCCCCUGACUUAACUGCGUUCUCAUUCUGCCAACCAUUUCAAUAGCAAAACCACUUCAUCUAAGCUUUCUGCAGUUUGAAUACUCCCCAAACAACAAGCAGACCCAAAUGGAGUCCCACCUCCAGGGAUGGUGUUCUGCUGCAACAUUUUGGCUUCUUCAGUGCAUCACUGCCAUAUCUCUUGCCGCUUCCUUGGUGUCCAGUGCACAAAGGACUAACGGGAAUGAGACCGACUGGCUUGCUCUGUUGGAAUUCAAGGCCAACAUCAUCGACCCACUCGGGGUCUUGAGCUCAUGGAACUCUACCCACCAUUUCUGUCAGUGGCACGGAGUUACUUGUUGGCGAAGGCACCAAAGAGUCACUGUCCUAAACUUGCAAUCCCAAAUGCUGUUGGGGACUUUAUCCCCGCACAUUGGGAAUCUGAGCUUUUUAAGGGUACUCAAUCUCCAAAACAAUAGUUUCCGUUCGAGGAUUCCCCCUGAAGUUGGUCACCUGUCAAGGUUGCAGUUUUUGAGCCUCAACAACAACUCACUCAAUGGACCGAUUCCUCCAAGCCUGGUAAUUUGCUCCAAUCUCGUCGGCAUCAAUCUCCAUUCCAACAUGCUUGAAGGGAACUUACCCUCUGAUCUUGGCUUCUUGUCCAAGCUCACAUGGCUUUCAUUGGAUUUCAAUGAUUUGAGUGGAACUAUCCCACUUUCAGUUGGAAACUUGUCAUCCAUGGAGGCUAUUCGGAUGCAAUUUAAUAACUUUGAGGGUAAGAUUCCAGAUACGCUGAGCAACCUGAGAAACUUGAAGGUUCUUGAUCUUACGAAGAACAAUUUAGUUGGCAACUUUCCUUCAUCGAUCACCAACAUUUCUUCCCUGGAAUAUCUUGAUUUGGGUGAUAACCAAUUAGUGGGUAUCUUACCAUGGGACUUGGGCAUCAUUCUUCCAAAGCUCAAAUUUCUAUCAGUAGGCUAUAACCGGUUGACUGGAUCUAUCCCAAAAUCACUAUCCAAUGUGUCCAGUCUAAGUAGCUUCCAAGUUGUACGAAAUAAUUUCACUGGACAGGUUCCUUCUUUUGGGAAGAUGAGUGACCUGCUUAGGUUUUCCAUUGGUCAAAAUAAUCUGGGAAGUGGGCAAGCUAAUGACCUCAACUUCCUCUGCCCAUUGACAAAUUCCACAAAUCUCUAUUUGUUGGGUAUAAGGCAGAACAAUUUCGGUGGGUCAAUGCCCGAAUGCACUGUUAACCUGUCAAUCACUCUUGCAAGGUUCUGGUUAGAUGGCAAUGUUUUAUCAGGCGGCUUGCUGAGUAGUAUUGGGAAUCUAAAAAAUCUGGAGGUUUUGUCAUUAUCAAGCAAUAGUAUUUCAGGUAUCAUUCCUCACGAAAUUGGAAAUCUCAACAAGAUGAAGGAAUUGUAUCUUGAUUCUUGUGAGUUCACUGGACAAAUUCCACAUACCCUCGGGAAUUUGACAAUGAUGACUCACCUCUAUUUACAGAGAAAUAGUCUCCAGGGCAUCAUACCUUUCUCUCUAAGCAAGUGCCAGAACCUGUUGUUAUUAGAUCUUGCAGAUAACAAACUCACAGGUGCCAUACCCGCUGAGAUUGUUAGUCUCUCAUCUCUAUCAAUAUAUGCAGACUUCUCAAAAAACAAUUUGUCUGGAGAGCUUCCCAUGGAAAUCGGGAAUCUGAAAAAUCUCGGUGCUUUACGUCUGUAUGGGAAUAAGUUAUCGGGAGAAAUUCCAAGUACUCUGGGUAGCUGUAUGUCGUUGGAGGUUUUGUACAUGCAGGAAAAUAUUUUUACCAGUCUCAUCCCUUCAACUCUGAGUUCCUUGAAAGGAAUUCAAGAAUUGAACCUCUCCCACAACAGGCUGUCGGGCCAAAUUCCCAAGUUCUUUAAGGACCUCAAUCUUUCAAGUUUAGAUUUGUCUUUCAAUAAUUUUGAGGGCAAUCUGCCAAUGGAAGGAGUUUUUGCAAAUACCAGUGCAACGUCGGUUCUGGGAAAUGUAAAGCUUUGUGGGGGUCUACCAGAAUAUCAGCUGCCUAAAUGUAAGCCAAGCAGAUCAACCCAUGGCAGAUUGAGAGAUGUCUCUAUCUAUACGGUGCCAGCGAUUUUGGCAAUAGCUUUUGUGCUCUCAUUACUAUAUGCUCUCUGGUGUAGGAAAGAGAGGAGAACAGUUGGCUCUGGCUAUUCGUUUGACGGGCUUCUGAAGGUCUCUUAUCAAGACCUGCUGAAUGCUACUGACCAGUUCUCCUCUGCCAAUCUAAUUGGAACCGGUAGCUUUGGAUCUGUUUUUAAAGGGGUUCUUGGUCUGUAUCAGACAACCAUUGCAGUGAAAGUGUUUAAUCUCACCCACCAAGGAGCAUCGAAGAGCUUCAUUGUAGAGUGUGAGGCCCAAAGAAACAUCAGGCAUCGAAAUCUUGUGAAGGUACUCACUGCUUGUUCAGGGCUCGAUUACAAAGGCAAUGAUUUCAAGGCCUUGGUAAAUGAAUUCAUGGAAAAUGGGAGCCUAGACCAGUGGCUACACCCAGAAAUUGAGACCGGUAGAGAGUGGGAAGAUGCGCCGAGGAUAUUAAGUCUUCUCCAGAGAGUGAACAUCACCAUUGAUGUUGCUUGUGCUAUAGAUUAUCUCCAUCAUCAGUGUGAAACAACAGUAGUCCACUGCGAUUUGAAGCCAAACAAUAUUCUCCUUGAUAGAGAGAUGAAUGGCCGAGUAGGCGAUUUCGGGUUGGUUCGGUUCCUGCCAAAAGCCACCAGGGAGUUCAUUUCUAAUCAAACUAACUCCUUUGGAGUUGGAGGUUCUCUUGGCUAUAUUGCGCCAGAGUAUGGAGCGGGUGCUGAGGUGUCAACUGAUGGAGAUGUGUACAGCUACGGUAUCCUCAUAUUGGAGAUGUUCACAGGGAAGAGGCCCACCGAUGACAUGCUCAGUGAUGGGUUGAACCUGCAUUCCUUUGCUAAGGCAGCUAUCCCGGAGCGAGUUCUGCAGAUUAUUGACCCUGUGCUGCUCCUGGACGAGGACAACAAUCAGGAUAUCUCGAGAACCUGGAUGAGCCACGAUGAGUUCCUUCGCGGAUGUCUGGUCUCGAUCUUGGAAAUAGGGAUCAUUUGUUCCUCUGAAGCGCCAAGAGACAGGAUGAGAAUGAGCAAAGUCGUUGCUGUGCUGCAGGCAAUCAGGGAGAUGCUUCUUGGAAGCCGAGGAAACUGAAGGCGGUUGAGAUGAGGAAAACAAUGGUAUGCUGUUCUAUGUUAAACUGUACUGUUAGUUUUAGGUUGCUUGACCAACGUCUUUGGUCAGGAGUGGUCUUUCUGCAUUCUGCAAGUUAUCGUAAAUUUGUUAAAUGUAUAUCUAUGAACUCCUUGUUCUGAAAUUACAUGCUCCAGUUCUCUAA